CGACGGAUCCCCACCUCGACCUCAUUUCUCCACCUUCCCCAACCUUCUCCUUACCCAAGUUUUCCCUUGAUCCAUACUUCUCCAUACUUCCCCAACAUUCGGCGACAUUUGGAGUUUGUGGGUUAGAAGAAAUAGUGUUAGCUAGGACUUGCAUCCUCCGUGAUGUCAGAUUCCAGUGAUUUGGAUCGACAAAUAGAACAAUUAAAAAAAUGUGAAAUCAUUAAAGAAGCAGAAGUGAAAGCUCUUUGCGCCAAAGCACGAGAAAUUCUUAUUGAAGAAAGCAAUGUUCAGAGAGUCGACUCUCCUGUCACUGUUUGUGGUGACAUUCAUGGUCAAUUUUAUGACUUGAAGGAACUAUUUAAAGUUGGAGGUGAUGUACCAGAAACUAAUUAUCUAUUUAUGGGGGAUUUUGUUGACCGAGGGUUUUAUAGCGUCGAGACGUUUCUUCUUCUGCUUGCACUGAAAGUUCGAUAUCCUGACAGGAUUACGUUAAUACGCGGUAACCAUGAAUCAAGACAAAUUACGCAAGUUUAUGGAUUUUAUGAUGAAUGUCUGCGAAAAUAUGGGAGUAUCACUGUGUGGCGUUACUGCACAGAAAUAUUUGACUAUUUGUCCCUUUCUGCAAUUAUCGAUGGAAGAAUCUUUUGUGUUCAUGGAGGACUGUCUCCUAGCAUCCAGACACUUGAUCAAAUCCGCACAAUCGACAGAAAGCAGGAGGUUCCUCACGACGGGCCAAUGUGUGAUUUGCUAUGGUCUGACCCAGAAGACACCCAGGGUUGGGGUGUGUCACCCAGAGGAGCUGGCUAUCUCUUUGGUAGCGAUGUCGUAGCUCAGUUCAACUCCGCAAAUGAUAUAGAUAUGAUAUGUAGAGCUCAUCAGUUGGUCAUGGAAGGAUAUAAGUGGCACUUCAAUGAGACUGUUCUUACUGUCUGGUCUGCACCAAAUUAUUGUUAUAGAUGUGGUAAUGUGGCCGCCAUUUUGGAGUUAAAUGAACACCUGCAAAGGGAUUUUACCAUUUUUGAAGCAGCUCCUCAAGAAAGUAGAGGGAUCCCCAGUAAAAAGCCUCAAGCUGACUACUUCUUAUAAUGUGCGAUCAGUAAUCAUUCAUCACGUAAAUUUAUUACUUUACAUUAAUUGACCGAUCAACGUUUAAAGUGUAUACUCUCUCUGGCAUGAAUGGAAAGUUACGCCUUUCGUAAUUUCACGGUAUUUUGACUGAAAGGUAUAAUAAUGAAUCUGUCAGAAAGGCAUGUUUGAUUUCAUUUUCGCAGACAUUUAUAUAAAAGCAUUUUCAUUGUAUUUGCGAAUUUCAUUUACAAUACAAUACCAUACAUAACAAGGGACCUUUAACGUGCGCAUGUACUCGUUAAAUGUAUAAUUUCGGAAACGAAUUCUAUUGAUAUAACAUUUUAUUGUGUUACUGUACGUCAUAUCGCUGUCGCAAAUUAAAAUCGUGCAUUCGUUA